UCGAUGAGUCUUCAUUCGCUGGCCCAGUUUGUUGUCGUGCUGUUCUGUUCGCUGUUCCCUCAUUUUAGUAGUCUAUUUUAUUUUCGUAGUGUCGCAUAUAUUUAGUAAAUAUUUUGUUGUUGUUAUUUAUAGUUUGGACUUGGUUGGCGUGGUGCGUGUUGUAUUUUUUUUUUGUUUGUGUUUGAGUAGCAUAUUUUUGUUUGAUUUUUGAUGGCAGCCAAAGACCGCCUGCCCAUAUUUCCCUCACGAGGUGCCCAAACGCUGAUGAAAUCGCGUUUGGCAGGCGCCACCAAGGGACAUGGUUUGCUUAAGAAGAAAGCAGAUGCCCUGCAGAUGCGCUUUCGUCUGAUUCUGGGCAAAAUAAUUGAGACCAAAACCCUGAUGGGUCAGGUGAUGAAGGAGGCCGCCUUCUCUUUGGCCGAGGUCAAGUUCACCACCGGCGAUAUCAACCAGAUUGUCCUGCAGAAUGUGACCAAGGCCCAGAUCAAGAUACGCACCAAAAAGGAUAAUGUGGCCGGGGUUACGUUGCCCGUCUUCGAACCCUAUACGGAUGGGGUGGACACCUAUGAGCUGGCCGGAUUGGCACGCGGUGGCCAGCAGUUGGCCAAGCUGAAGAAGAACUACCAGAGUGCAGUGCGCCUGCUCGUGGAAUUGGCCUCGCUGCAGACCUCCUUUGUGACCCUCGACGAUGUCAUCAAGGUCACCAACCGAAGGGUCAAUGCCAUCGAGCACGUGAUCAUCCCCCGCAUCAACCGAACCAUAGAGUACAUAAUCAGCGAGCUGGAUGAACUGGAGCGUGAGGAAUUCUACCGACUAAAGAAAAUUCAGGAUAAAAAGCGAGAGGCACGCAAGGCAUCCGAUAAGAAACGCGAGGAGCAGCGUCGUCUGGGCCAAUUGGCCGAAACCAAGGAGGCGCAGAAUAUCCUCGAUGAGGACGGUGACGAGGAUCUGCUCUUCUAGACCGAUAUUAUAUCUAAUGCAUCAUUAUAUCCAAAUACCCACCACCUGUUGCUACACCUGUCCAUUCAAACAACACCCAAUCACUCAACUCUGCUACCUCACUUCCCAUCAAAAGACCAACACCUCUCGUUUUUGUUGUCGUUCAUUGUGAUCCGGAUGUUGUACCACUUGUCGUUCUUGGAAAUACAAUCCGUAAUCGUAACCUUUGUGAUCGCUA